UCCUCUGGUCCUGUGAAGAUGAAAAUUGACAUCCACACUCAUAUUCUACCAAAGGAAUGGCCCGAUUUAGAAAAGAGGUUCGGCUAUGGAGGCUGGGUUCAGCUCCAACAGCAAGGCAAGGGAGAAGCAAAGAUGAUAAAAGAUGGCAAGGUCUUCAGAGUGAUCCAACAGAACUGCUGGGACCCGGAAGUUCGUAUCAGAGAGAUGAACCAGAAAGGAGUGACAGUGCAAGCUCUUUCCACGGUUCCUGUCAUGUUUAGCUACUGGGCCAAACCCAAGGAUACUUUGGAGCUGUGCCAGUUUUUAAACAAUGACCUAGCUGCCACCGUUGCCAGAUACCCUCGGAGGUUUGUGGGUUUGGGGACGUUGCCUAUGCAAGCCCCGGAGCUGGCAGUCGAGGAGAUGGAGCGUUGCGUGAAGGAGUUAGGAUUUCCAGGAAUCCAGAUUGGCUCCCACAUCAACACGUGGGACCUGAAUGACCCGGAACUCUUCCCAAUCUACACUGCGGCCGAGAGACUGAACUGUUCCCUGUUCGUGCAUCCCUGGGAUAUGCAGAUGGAUGGACGAAUGGCCAAAUACUGGCUGCCUUGGCUCGUAGGAAUGCCAUCGGAGACCACCAUGGCCAUUUGCUCCAUGAUCAUGGGCGGAGUGUUUGAGAAGUUUCCCAAACUCAAAGUGUGCUUUGCCCACGGAGGUGGUGCUUUCCCCUUCACCAUAGGAAGAAUUGCCCAUGGAUUCAACAUGCGCCCAGAUCUCUGUGCCCAGGACAAUUCAUCUGACCCCAGAAAAUACCUUGGCUCCUUCUACACAGACUCCCUGGUUCACGAUCCUCUGUCUCUCAAGCUAUUGACAGAUGUCAUAGGGAAGGAUAAAGUCAUUCUAGGAACUGAUUACCCUUUUCCACUGGGUGAGCAAGAGCCUGGGAAGCUAAUAGAGUCCAUGGCAGAAUUUGACCCAGAAACAAAGGGUAAACUUACAGCUGACAAUGCCUUGGCUUUUUUGGGUCUUGAGAGAAAACUAUUUGAAUGACAGAAUUGACCACAAAAAAAAAAAAAAAAAAUUCAAGAAGCUACGUCACUUCUGUCUUUGAACAUGAGCCAUACACACAUCUAUCUUGAAUUAUGUUACCCCCAAAAUGGAAUAUCCCCUCAGGAUGAAGCAAGAAGAUCAGCAAUUCAAGUCCCAGACCAGCCUGGGCUGCUUGAGGCUGUCUAAAACAAGGGUGGGGUAAUAUUUUCAAUAUUCUACCUUAUUAAUAACAAAAUGUUUCAUAAGGUCUUUAUUCUGAAAUGUAAUAUUCUGAGAAGCAGUACAUUACUAUAUAUGCAAGUCAAAAUAUUUAAUUUUAAAGAGAUCAAAAAUUAAUAUAUAAUUAAUGAUUUAAGUAGAAAAAAUCCAACACCAGCUUUAUUCUAGAAGGCUCAGGGUCUCUAUUUUGACCGGAUAUGGGAAUUGUACCCAAAUGAUGUUUUCCAGUUGUAACCCUUUCUGGAAGCCUAGUCGUUCAAUGGUAACGUUUUACCUUUGUAAAGUACACACAGGAUAUGCACAAGCUCAAGGGAUCUAAAAGCCAGUUAAGAAAGCAAGGUAAAUGCUUCUGGAAUAAAUGCUGACUUAUCCAACACCAAAUGAUUUGCAUAUGUAGUAAUGUACUACAAACUCAUUUUACUCUCCCACAGUUGGGUACAUCUUGUGACCUGAGUCUGGGAGUAAAAAGAUGCUGGGCAGUGGUGGCGCACAUCUUUGAUCCCAGCACUUCAGAGGCAGAGGCAGGUGGAUUUCUGAGUUCGAGGCCAGCCUAGUCUACAGAGUGAGUUGCAGGACAGCCAGAGCUGCAUAGAGAAACC